UGGCGUCCCCAACGCUGUCCUGUUACAUCCCUUGGUUUCCGUGUUCCUCCGUCUCUGAAUCUGUCAGCAUCUCGCACAGACACUGUCCCGAAGCUGUAAAAACGACUAAACGUGUGCGGAUUCCGAGCCUCGAAUCCCUCAGUAAACGGAUUCUUUGUAAAAGUGGCCUCGCUAGAGUUUCUGUGCGAAAGGAAAGCACAAAACUGGGGGAAAGCGCAGCAAAUGCGAGCUUCUGUGCUCGGUCCCUAAGAAACAUGUCCCCGGCGAGGCCACGGCAAAGCCCCGUCUUCAGCCCUCCGGGCCGCCGAAAGGGACUUUUCUUUCCUGCACUAUUAAAGCAGCACGGAGUUACUUCCUCAAUGGGGCCGUGGACUUUUCUCUGCGCGACCCGACCGACAGAAAGGCUGCCGAGUCUGCGUUCGCGCGCCCUCUUGCGGCCAGCUCGAGAAGCACGCUUUUCAGAGAACCCACGGAGGACCCUUUGCGCUGUGGAGCGGUGCCCGCGCUCCCCCUGCAGGACGUCUAGCGAAUCGUCCAAUUCGCGAUGGCCCGGAUCUGUUGGUGGCUAGUGGCAGGAGUGAUGCUGGGCUCCAUCCCGGCUUGUUCUCUUGGCGGGGACCUGCCUUGGAUCCACAGCCUAGUAAAACGGGAAAUCUUCAGUCUUACGGGACAGCUGAAAAGCAUCCCCCCUCACUUGUGCCUGAACGACAGAACCGACUUCCGAAAUCCUUGGGAAAGCGGGAACAUCUCCCGAAUGCAGAAGACACAACGCACCUGUUUGUGUCUCCUGAUGCUCCAGCAGAUCUUCAACCUGUUCAGCACAGACAAGAGCCCUGCAGCUUGGGACCACACGCUCCUCGACAAACUGCUCUCUGGCCUUCAUCACAGUGUGGAAGAGCUGGGGCAGACGAAAGAAGAAACUCUGCUUUGUCCCGACUAUUUGGGAAUUCGUAUCCGGAGGUACUUCCUCGGGAUCCUUAAGUAUCUGAAGAAAAAGAAAUACAGCUCCUGUGCUUGGGAGGUUGUCAGAAGUGAAAUUCAAGUGCGCCUUUUUCUCAUGUAA